AUGUCUACUAAAAGAAGAUCAUCGAUAAUGAAUAAGUUAAAAACUUCACCUUUUAAAAAAUCAAAUUCAUUAUCAACUACAGAUUGUUACAAUAUAUCACCAAAAACACCAAAAACUCCAAAAACUCCAAAGACUCCAAGAACUCCAAAUGUCACAGUAUCACCUUCUUCUUCAACUUCCUCACCAAUAUUCACUCCCAAAUCAGCUACUACAUCAAACUAUCAUUAUGGUUUCACAACUCCAACUAUGAAUUCUUCAUCAUCAAUGUCGUUUCAACAAUUUUCAUCACCAGAUACAGUAAUAACAGAAGCAAGUAUGCUACCAUCAAUUAAUUCAACACCCAUCACCAAAACAAAAAACCACAAAAAUUAUAAUGAUAAUAUGUGUUGUUUUUGUAAUGAUUCAUUAAAUUUAACAUUACCAGGGGAAGUCAUAUUACAAAUGUCAUGUAAUCAUACAUGUCAUAAAGAUUGUUUUACUUUAUUAAUUGAUAAAUCAAAUUUAAAAAAUUUACCAAUUUGUGAACUUUGUUCAAAUCCUACAAAAAUAAAAGAUAAUGAUAUUCAUCAGCUAAUAAUUGAAAAUAUUUUAAAUUUAAAUAAUAAUAACGAAAGUUUCAAUAGUAUUUCUUCAAGUGAUGAAGAAAAUCCAUUUUUAGAACCUCAAAAUUCAAAUAAUUCAUCUAUUUUAACUACAAUUACUAAUUCACCUUCAUUAAUUACUCCAAUUUUCACUAAACCACCAAUAAAUGAUUUUGUAGAGGAACCAGAACCAAUUAUCAAAUCACAAAGUACUACAAAUUAUCCAGAGUUAUAUUUACCAAAAAUUUCAUGUAUAUCUGAAACUAAAACAGUAAGAGUUAAUGAGAACAAUGAAAUAAGUUACAUAUUAAAUAUUCAACCACCAUUAAUUUAUAAAGAAUCAUCAUCAACAAAUUUCAAUUUAUCUGAACAUCAAUUAAAAUCUAAAAUAUCAACUCAUAUCAAACAAUCAUUACAAUUAUCUUCAAAUUUAGGUGAAUUAAUAAUAUUUGAUAAAUUACAAAUAAGUAUAAAUGGAGAAAUAUGGGAUGAUUCUCAUAUUUAUUUAUUUCAAAAUUAUUUAAUAUUUUAUAAUAAUAAUAUUUUAGCAGGUAUGAUAUCAAUAGAAGAUGAUUUAUGUUCAUUAUCAAAAGAUACAAAUAAAAUUUUGAAUUUAAAUUUAAGUCAAGUUUCAUUACCUGAAUUAUAUAUUUAUCAUUCAAAUUCAAUAAUAAUUGAAAAAUGGGAAUAUUUUUUAAAUUCAUUAUUUCAAAAUCAAAAAGAUACAACAACUAAUCUUUAUCAAUUUACAAGUACUUGUUGGAAUGAAUUUUUAGAAUUUGAAAUUCCAUCAAGUUUAAUAAGAUUUAAUAAUUCUGUUAAUAAUGAUGAUGAUAAUUUAUCUAAUUUAUAUAUUUCCAAAUUGUUACCACCUCCAAAACCAUUACUGAUAAAUUUCAUAUUAUGUAUUCCAUUAUAUAAUAAAUCAUCAAUGACAAAUGAAGAUUAUCGAAAAUGGAUUCAAAAUUUUAUAAAACAAACUUUAAAAAAUUUAAGAGGUAUAGAUACUCUAUCAAUAAUAUUCUUGGGGGUUGAUAUGAAUAGAAAUGCCUAUAUUGAUGGUACAUUUAUUGGAUCAAUACCUGUAAAUUGGGAUGGUUGGACAAAUUUAAUUAAUGAAAUUUCAAUAGUUUCUAAUUCUUUUAAAUCUACAACUCAAGAAUUUCAAAUUGCCUUGGAUAAAUUACUGACUUUAUUUCCAUUUUUAUCAAAUGAAUCAGUUAUUAAUAAAUGUUUAAUUUUAAAUUGUGGUAAUUAUAAAGAUGAUAAAAUUGAAGAAUUAAAAAUUGAAGAAAUUGAAAAUAUAUCAAUAGGUGUUUUAAGAAUUGGUAAACAUAUUAAUGCAUUAAAUUCAAUUAAUAAACUAAAUUCAUUUCAAUUUGGUAAUGAAUCAAUUAUAAGAUUUGAUAAUUAUGAAAAUGCAUUAAAUUCAAUUAAUACAAUAUUAAAAAAUUUACAAAAUGUAAUAAUACCAAAUUUAAAAAUUGAAUUAAAUACAAUUGAGGGAAUUAGUAUAUCAUCAAUUGAAAAUAAUGGUAUAAUUACAUCACUUAAUUCAUCAAAUCAUUCAAUAAUCAUAAAGAAUAUGACUGCAUCAACUAAUAAAAAUAUAAUGAUUAAUUUAAAAAUAAAUCAAAUAAUACGAAAUAAAAAUUUAGAAAAUUUACCAAUAUUAAAUUAUACGAUUAAUCAUAAUUCUAAAUCAAUAACAAAUACAAUAACUACAAAUCUAGAAUUAAUUGAACCACAUCAACAACAACAACAACAACAAGCACAACCACAAGAUAUCACACAUACAGAAUCAAAUGAAUCAAAUUCAAUUUUUUAUUUAGAUAUACCAUUAUUACCACCAUUAUCACCAUCAAGAGAUCCUUAUUAUAUAAAAAGAUCAACAGAAAUAAUAAUAUUAGAAAAUUUAUAUAAAUCCAUUCAACAAAAUUCAUCAAAUAAUUUAAAACAUUGUAUAUCUAUUGCUUAUGGAUUAGUUCGUUCAACUUCUCCAAUUGAAUUUGAAGAUGAAGAUGAGCAAGAGAUUGAUGAUAAUGAUGAUGCUGAUGAUUAUAUAAGUUUAAAACAAUCAUUAAGUAAAUUUGAUCAUGGUUUAUCAAAUGAAAAAUAUAUAAGUUUAAUUGUUUUAAAAUUAGAAAAAAUUAUAAAUGAAUUUGAAAAUUGUGGUGAUGAUAUUGAUGAAAUUGCUGUUUCUCAUUGUUGGGAUUUAGUUAAUUGUUUAGUUUAA